AUAUAUAUAUACCCGGUCACUGCCUGAGCUCUGAUUGAAGGUCGGGGUCCGGUCUGAGUACACAGCAAGCCGAGCGACAUUCGUGUCUGCAUCCUUCACAUAUUUUGAACGACAUUUACCUGCUCUGGUGAGGUCGUCUACAGGUGUACGACCCCGUAUUGCCGACGAUGGGGCAGAGAGAUGAGCCACUGAAAGCCAGCUUCAUGCAGACUGUGUGUCGCCACCGGUUGUGCCUGCCCCUGGUGUUCUUGGGCAUGGCCGCCGGAAUCGUCACCACCGUGCCCGUGGUGUUGUUGUCGAAGUCAGUGAGAGAUAUCUUCCCACCGCAGAUGAAGUGGUGGCAGACGACAGUCCUCUAUCAAAUCUACCCGCGGUCCUUCAAAGAUUCUAACGGUGAUGGGAUAGGUGACCUUCAGGGUAUCACAUCCAAGCUCGACUAUUUGGCUUCCAUUAACGUCAAGGCCAUCUGGAUCAGUCCCUUCUACCCAUCCCCGAUGUUGGACUUUGGCUACGACAUCAGCAACUACACGGAUGUUGACCCUGUCUUCGGCAACCUGACAGAUUUCAACGAGCUUGUGAAGAAAGCUCACUCGUUAGGAAUCCGCGUAGUCAUAGAUUUUGUGCCUGGACACACAAGUUCUAAACAUCCCUGGUUCCAAAACAGUGCAAAGAAAAUAGAGCCCUACACAGAUUACUACAUCUGGGCCAAUGGCACCCAGCUACAGAACGGCACACGGAUGCCUCCCAGCAACUGGGUAAGCGUGUUCGAAGGGUCUGCCUGGACGUGGAACAAUGAAAGACAACAGUAUUAUUAUCACGCAUUCCUGCCCGAACAGCCGACACUCAACUACAGAAGCCCGAAAGUCGUGCAAGAAAUGAAGGACACCAUCAGGUUUUGGCUUGACCAGGGUGUCGACGGCAUCCGAGCGGACGCAGUGGCUCACAUCAUGGUGUACAGUGAUUAUUAUCGUGACCAGCUGCUCAGCAAUGUCCCGGGAGCCCAGCCGUACCAAAGAAGUUACUACAUUACAAACCUCACGGACAAUCAGCCAGAGCUGCAUACUGUGGUCAAAGGGUGGCGAGAUGUCCUGAACUCCUACGAAGAUUCUAAGGAUGAUGAUACAGACACGUCGAAGGCGCUGAUUGUCGAAGUCUAUGCACCACCAGAAAUUCGCAACAUUUACUUCGACGAUGGCGCCGACAUGCCUUUCAACUUUGACCUUUUAACAGCUUUGAACUCAAGCAAAUUUUGCGACGCCCUCUGCAUUCGAAACGUUGUUCAGAAUGAGUACGACACCCUGCCUGGCGGCAAGUGGGCUAACUUCGUGGUGUCAAACCACGACAACCACCGAGCGAGCACGAGGAGGGGCGCGCGCGACAUCGACGCCAUGCUGGUGUUGUUGCUGACUCUGCGGGGGACGCCGACGAUUUACUACGGCGAGGAGAUCGGGAUGGAGGACGUCCCCGUCUCCUACAACGAAACGCAGGACCCGCCGGCUCAGAGACUCGGUCCGGCCCGGUAUAUGGAGAUAUCACGUGAUCCGGAACGCUCGCCGAUGCAGUGGGACUCGAGCCCCAACGCCGGCUUCACCAACGACACAGUGCGACCUUGGCUACCUGUGGCAUCGGAUCAUUCACAGGUCAACGUGAAGAGUCAGAAUGCCUCUGCCAAUGCAACAACUCUAAAAAUGUUUAGGGAGUUGGCCUUUUUGCGGGAAGAGCCGUCUCUGCGAUACGGUUUGCUAACAUUUUGUAAAGUAACUCCCAACAUCCUCUCGUACCUGCGUGCCGCCCACGAGAUGACCAACUACCUGGUGGUCAUCAACUUCGGAAACGAGACUGUCACAGAAAAUCUGUCUGGCGAUCCAGUGAACAAAGGUCUGGGUCGAAUUAAAGUUUCAUCAACAGCAGCUGCUAACGAGGGAAGGUUUGUGACUGACCGUACAGUGCAGCUGUCAGCCUUGACCCUAAAGCCAGGGGAUGCUGUGGUCCUGGAGUUAUAAUCAAACUUAAAUGGUCACAACCUUUUAUUUACAAUACUGUUCUAAAAUUUAAAUCCAUUUCUUUAUGUCUAAAAUAAAGCGUUUAUACUUAAAUGCAUCAUAAUGAAUCAAGUGUUUUAUAACAAGUGUGGUUGUGACAUGUACCCAGAAACUAUUGACCACAUUAUUUUCAAAAUUGGAGACUUAAGCAGGGGAAGGACGUUGAAAUAGAAUUGUCUUAGCUCAAAAGCAGGCUGAAAGAAUAACUGUUUCUCGAAUUACUGAUGUAGUUCAUCAUGAUGCAUUCAUUCACUGUGAGAAAUCCUCUCUCUCUCUUACUCUCAUCUUCCUUCUCUACCUUACUCAUACACAUACACGUCUGCGCACAUGCACUUAGAUAAGUACGAUUUGGGUCAUUAACUAUAUAUAUAUCAGUAACUUAGCUACACACAAAUAUAUUCAGUGUGCAUUUGUUAAAAUAUUUACAGCUGAAUAUGUUUAUACACUAUAUUUUAUAACUAUUGUAAAAUGUAUGAACUUUCUUGUUACCUUGUGAUAAAGACUAGGUUUUUUUAACAGCUUAGUUAUUCUAAUCAUUUUGAUGAUUUUUUUUUCUUCUCUCACAUCCGGUAAACAAGAUGAAUUAGAACAGACUAGGGUUAAGAAUGUCUGUCUUGUUUUACAAACAGCGACAACGCUUCGUGUACAAGUCUGAUGGUUUAUGCAAGAGCAUUGUGAUGUAUCAGAUACUUAUGUAGUAUUCGAAAUCAUUCCAUGUGACUAAUUUACAAAUAAGUACACAAGGUUUUAUACUUUCACAUUUAGCAAAUUAGCCACAAAUGUAUUAAAACAAUAACUUCGUGGAA